CCUCAAGCCUCGCCUAUUUGGAUACCGAUACAGAUGAGAUAAACUCUUGUUGGGCGGCUGAGCCGCUGCAGACAAUCACCAUGAGGCGCCAAGUCUGUCAGGCGGCGUGUCCGCUGCUCGCUGCAACAACGCGCUCCAAGCUGCGGCCAUCAGUCAUAGCUUCGCUGGCCUCGAAACGCUUCAUGGCGGGCGAUACCGGUGAUAACAACACUGGCCACAUCACGACCGCUCCCCAGCAAGGCAUCAUUUUCAUGGACAGCAUCCUUCCUCCAAACUUGUCAUGGCUUAUGCGACUAACAUCCCAUUUCGGCGGCUAUUCAGGCUUCACCAAGAAGCUCGAUCCUGCUAUGGGCAGGUAUGUGCUGGAGAUUCUUCCGAGGUAUGCUGAGUGUGCUGCUUUUCUGAAGUUCCAUCACGAUGGGACGAGUGACUCCAAAUCCAUCGCGGUGGCUGUCACCCAAUAUCUAGAAGAGAACAAAGCUCGACCGUGGUGGAAUCCGUUUACGCAUGUUAGAGCCAGCUUUGUGUUAGGCAGGCCCUGGCUCGAAGAUCUUUCGCGAACUCCAUCUACACGCAUUCGAGUCGAGUUUCUCCCGACCGAGCCUGGAGCUGAAGCUGCAGAACUUGGACAGGAGCAGCUGUACUCGUUCUUUCGGCCCUUCGGAAAGCUGUCAGAUAUCGUUGCCCAGCCAUCCGACUCGAAAGUUGUCCCGCGAUAUGCGUACCUGGACUUUACGCAUCACCAGAAAGCCAUCAUGGCUAAGAACUGUAUGCAUGGCUAUCUGGUCUCUGAUGCUGAAGGCGGAGGUAAGAAGGGCACGAUACUGCGAUUGACGUACGAGAAGAAGCAGCGCGCAGGCUGGAUCAAGGAUUGGAUCAUGAACCAUCCAAGAAUCGCGCUGCCGCUACUUCUUGCUCUCAUUGCUGGAAUCAGCUAUACCAUUUUCGACCCUCUACGGACAUUGUCUAUCAAGGCUCACAUUACACGAGCGUUCCAUCUGGAGGAGAAAGCAAUCUUUGCUUGGUUCAUCCGGCAGGGCGAGGAUCUGUACAACAAAGUCAAAUACUUUGGGUCAGACGCCAAUCAUGGCGAUGGUGGUAUGCAAGUGGUCUGGGAUGAUCGACAAAGCGAGAUCCAGCAAAUUCAGUCAUGGCUGAUGGAGUCUGCGGACACGUUCAUCGUAGUGCAAGGGCCACGAGGAAGUGGCAAACGCGAAUUGGUUAUUGAGCAUGCUCUCAAGCAUAAGCGCGAAGCGCACAAAGUGCUGGUCGUGGACUGCAAGCCAAUUCAGGAAUCUCGUGGUGACGCUUCCACCAUUGCUGCAGCGGCGGCACAGGUUGGCUAUCGCCCGGUCUUCUCAUGGGUCAACAACAUUAGCGGACUAAUGGACCUAGCAGCACAAGGUAUGACAGGAACCAAAGCUGGCUUCUCAGAGACGCUUGAGAAUCAGCUCAUUAAGAUCUGGACCAAGACCACCGCUGCCCUGAGGAGCAUUGCUCUAGACGGACGAAGCAGGGACGACAAAGAUGCCAGGAUGUCAGACGAUGAGUACCUGGAAACACAUCCCGAAAGAAGGCCUGUUGUGGUGAUCGAGAACUUCCUACACAAAAGCUCGGAGCCCGGUGCAGCGCUUGUGUAUGACAAGCUUGCUGAGUGGGCUGCGACACUGACAACAUCAAACAUCGCUCAUGUUAUAUUCUUGACAAAUGACGUCUCAUUCAGCAAGUCACUGAGCAAGGCUUUACCGGAUCGCGUCUUCCGCCAGAUUUCGCUGGGCGACUGCUCGCCAGAAGUUGCAAAGCGAUAUGUCAUCUCCCAUCUCGAUUUUGAUGCCGAUCUUCACAAGGUUAAGGGCGGUCCUGAUGAGGAGAGCAAGUCUCUUACGCCUAGCCAGAAGCGAGAAGACCUUCGAGAGUUGGACAAUGUCAUUGGCUACCUUGGAGGUCGCUUGACUGAUCUGGAGUUCUUUGCACGCCGUAUCAAAGCGGGAGAAACACCCUCAAAAGCUGUUCAGGAGAUUGUCGACCAAUCUGCCUCCGAGAUCUUAAAGAUGUUCCUCCUCCUCGGAAGUGACAACAGAGAAUGGACCUCGGCACAAGCAUGGCUCCUCGUCCGCGAUCUCGCAAAAGAUGAAGCACUACGUUACAAUGAGAUCCUGACCAAAGGACCCUUCAGCAAUGGUGGCGAAAAAGCCAUUCAGGCCCUCGAGCAAGCCGAACUCAUCACAGUACAAUCCUGGAACGGCAGACCCUACAGCGUCAAGCCCGGCAAACCAGUCUACCAACCCGCAUUCCAACGUCUCGUAGAAGACAACGUCCUCCGCGCAAAAAUGGAGCUCACAUUACUCAGCGACGCCAUCAGCGGCGAAAACAAAUCGAUCGAAAAAUUCGAGACGGAAUUGGAACUUCUUUCGAAGCUCAGCAAGCAGCCGAAAGAAUUGUUUGAGAGGAUACAAUGGUUGCUAGGCAAGAUUUCUGCCAGUCAGAAGAAUAUUUUGAGUUAUGAGAAGGAGCAGGCGGAGAUGAAGAAGAUUUUGACUGAGGAAUUUUAAUCCGGGUAAAUACUCAAAUGGGACACAUUGGCAUGGUAAUUACUCGAAUAGUAAACCUCUUACUAGGAUGGGACACAUUAGCAUGGUAAUUACUCGGAUAGUAAGCAUUGGCAUACUAAUUACUCGGAUAGGAUUUCUAUAUCCGCAGUACAUACUAGCAAAUAUAGAAAAUCCCCUAUUG